AUGUGUGACGACGAAGUUGCUGCUCUUGUAGUCGACAAUGGAUCCGGGAUGUGCAAGGCUGGUUUCGCAGGAGAUGAUGCUCCACGUGCCGUCUUCCCGUCAAUUGUCGGACGUCCUCGUCAUCAAGGAGUCAUGGUUGGUAUGGGACAGAAGGACUCUUAUGUAGGAGAUGAGGCACAAUCAAAGAGAGGUAUCCUCACACUGAAGUAUCCUAUUGAGCACGGUAUCGUAACGAACUGGGAUGACAUGGAGAAGAUUUGGCAUCACACUUUCUACAAUGAGCUUCGCGUUGCACCAGAGGAACACCCCGUACUUUUGACCGAAGCUCCCCUUAACCCCAAGGCUAACCGAGAAAAAAUGACCCAGAUCAUGUUCGAGACUUUUAACACUCCAGCUAUGUACGUCGCCAUUCAAGCAGUUCUUUCCCUAUACGCUUCCGGUCGUACCACUGGUGUCGUGUUGGAUUCCGGAGAUGGUGUCACCCACACUGUACCCAUCUAUGAGGGUUAUGCACUUCCCCACGCUAUCCUCCGUCUCGAUCUCGCUGGACGUGAUCUUACUGACUACUUGAUGAAAAUCCUGACCGAACGUGGCUACUCUUUCACCACAACGGCCGAACGUGAAAUCGUGCGUGACAUCAAGGAGAAACUGUGCUACGUUGCCCUCGACUUUGAACAAGAAAUGGCUACUGCAGCUUCAUCGUCUUCUCUUGAAAAGUCGUACGAGCUCCCUGACGGUCAAGUUAUUACCGUUGGAAACGAACGCUUCCGUUGUCCCGAGGCCCUUUUCCAGCCUUCCUUCUUGGGUAUGGAAUCUGCUGGAAUCCAUGAGACAUCAUACAACUCAAUUAUGAAGUGUGAUAUCGAUAUUCGUAAGGACUUGUACGCUAACACUGUCUUAUCUGGUGGAACCACAAUGUACCCUGGUAUUGCCGAUCGUAUGCAGAAGGAAAUCACAGCUCUAGCUCCCAGCACGAUGAAAAUCAAGAUUAUUGCUCCUCCUGAACGCAAAUACUCUGUCUGGAUUGGUGGAUCUAUCCUUGCCUCUCUGUCCACCUUCCAACAGAUGUGGAUCUCCAAGCAGGAAUACGAUGAGUCUGGACCUUCGAUCGUUCAUCGCAAGUGCUUCUAA